AUUUGACAGAAAGGAUGAAGCGCGCUAGACAUCAUGUGCUACGAGCAAGCCCAGUUAAAAUUUGUACACUACGGCUGCGUACGCACCUGCGUGGAGGGAGGGUCAUUUCAGCACGAAACUAUGUCUCUGCGCCUUUCGCCGGCCCUCAGGCAUUUGCGGGCCAACAAAUUCGCAUGCAACAAUUGCCUCCGAAAAAAGCACACAAAGAUCUCAGAUGAAGUUCACGGAAUGCUCAGGGUGGACCAUGCUGGCGAAUUUGGCGCCAACAGGAUUUAUGCUGGGCAGAUGGCCGUUCUCGCAGGAAGAUCAAAGUCUGCCGCACUCAUUCAGCAUAUGUGGGACCAAGAAAAGGAACACAAGAAAAUUUUUGAUGAUCUGAUGGUGAAGCACAGGGUUCGCCCAACCGCGCUCAUGCCCUUCUGGCACAUAGCUGGCUUUUUACUUGGCGCAGGAAGCGCGGUGCUGGGCGAAAAGAGCGCUAUGGCUUGCACGGUGGCGGUUGAGGCCUCGAUCGUCGAGCACUACAAUGAUCAGCUGCGAAAAUUGGCAAAUGAUAAUCCAGAGAAGCACGCCGAAAUCAUGGCUGCUAUCAAAAAGUGUAGGGACGAGGAGCAAGAACAUCACGACACUGGCUUGGACAAGGGUGCCGAGCAGGCUUUCCUUUACAAAGCAAUGACUGCUGUGAUUAAAGUAGGCUGCAAGGCGGCUAUCGCGUUGUCCACCAAAGUCUAGAUCCUAGUCUAUUGUAUUUGAAAUUACUUAAGUUGUUAAUAUGCAUUUUGUAAUUUAAAACUUUAAUCUCUUGUAUAUUAUGAGCUCGUUAAUAAAUUCAGCUGGUUUAAUUAUAA